AUGGGCAACCUGGAGAGCGCCGAGGGGGGCCCGGGCGAGCCCCCCUCUGUCUCGCUUCUGCCGCCUCCCGGCAAGAUGCCGAUGCCGGAGCCCUGUGAGCUGGAAGAGAGGUUCGCCUUGGUGCUGAGCUCCAUGAACCUGCCUCCCGACAAGGCGCGGCUCCUGCGGCAGUACGACAACGAGAAGAAGUGGGACCUCAUCUGUGACCAGGAACGAUUCCAGGUGAAGAAUCCUCCCCACACGUACAUCCAGAAACUCCAGAGCUUCUUGGACCCCAGCGUAACUCGGAAGAAAUUCAGGAGGAGAGUGCAGGAGUCAACCAAAGUCUUGAGAGAGCUGGAGAUCUCACUGCGGACCAACCACAUUGGGUGGGUGCGGGAGUUUCUGAAUGAUGAAAACAAAGGCCUGGACGUGUUGGUGGAUUACCUGUCCUUUGCCCAGUGUUCUGUCAUGUUUGACUUUGAGGCUCUGGAGAGUGGUGACGAUGGUGCGUUUGACAAGCUCCGGUCCUGGAGCAGGUCUAUCGAGGACCUGCAGCCACCCAGCGCCCUGUCCGCCCCCUUCACCAACAGCCUCGCUCGCUCUGCGCGCCAGUCUGUGCUCCGGUAUGUCACUCUCCCUGGGCGCAGGGCCCUGAAGAACUCCCGCCUGGUGAGCCAGAAGGAUGACGUCCACGUGUGUAUCCUCUGUCUCAGAGCUAUCAUGAACUACCAGUAUGGAUUCAACCUGGUCAUGUCCCACCCUCACGCUGUCAAUGAGAUUGCGCUCAGUCUCAACAACAAGAAUCCAAGGACCAAAGCCCUUGUCUUAGAGCUUCUGGCAGCUGUGUGUUUGGUACGAGGAGGUCACGAAAUCAUUCUCGCUGCCUUUGACAAUUUCAAAGAGGUGUGCAAGGAGCUGCACCGCUUUGAGAAGCUGAUGGAAUAUUUCCGGAAUGAGGACAGCAACAUUGACUUCAUGGUGGCCUGCAUGCAGUUUAUCAACAUCGUGGUGCACUCGGUGGAAGACAUGAACUUCCGGGUCCAUCUGCAGUAUGAGUUCACGAAGCUGGGGCUGGAGGAGUUCCUGCAGAAGUCACGGCAUACAGAGAGCGAGAAGCUGCAGGUGCAGAUCCAGGCGUACCUGGACAACGUGUUCGAUGUGGGGGGUUUGUUGGAGGAUGCCGAGACCAAGAAUGUGGCUCUGGAGAAGGUGGAAGAACUGGAGGAGCAUGUGUCCCAUCUCACAGAGAAGCUUCUGGACCUAGAGAAUGAAAACAUGAUGCGUGUGGCGGAGCUAGAGAAGCAACUGCUGCAGCGGGAGAAGGAACUUGAGAGCAUCAAGGAGACUUAUGAGAACACGAGCCACCAGGUACACACCCUGCGGCGGCUCAUUAAAGAGAAAGAGGAGGCCUUCCAGCGCCGAUGCCACUUGGAGCCCAGUGCCCGGGGCCUGGAGUCUGUGGGCAGCGAGGCUCUGGCCCGAGUGGGCUCUGCGGAGCUGAAUGAGGGCAUGCCCCACUCUGACCUGGACCUCCUUGCUCUGGCCCCACCCCCUGAGGAGGCCCUACCUCUGCCUCCACCACCAGCUCCUCCCUUGCCCCCGCCUCCUCCCCCAUUACCAGACAAGUGUCCCCCGGCCCCACCUCUCCCUGGCGCUGCCCCCUCUGUGGUGUUGACAGUAGGCCUGUCAGCUAUUCGCAUUAAGAAACCUAUCAAGACCAAGUUCCGGCUGCCCGUCUUCAACUGGACAGCCCUAAAACCCAACCAGAUCAGUGGCACUGUCUUCAGCGAACUUGAUGAUGAGAAGAUCUUGGAGGACCUGGACCUGGACAAGUUUGAAGAACUGUUCAAGACAAAAGCCCAGGGCCCUGCCCUCGAUCUCAUCUGCUCCAAGAACAAGACAGCACAAAAGGCUGCCAGCAAGGUGACCCUGUUGGAAGCCAAUCGUGCCAAGAACCUGGCCAUCACCCUACGCAAGGCUGGCCGCUCAGCUGAGGAGAUCUGCAGGGCCAUCCACACGUUCGACCUCCAGACACUGCCCGUCGACUUCGUGGAGUGCCUGAUGCGCUUCCUGCCCACGGAGGCGGAGGUGAAGCUGCUGCGGCAGUACGAGCGGGAGCGGCAGCCGCUGGAGGAGCUGACAGCCGAGGACCGCUUCAUGCUGCUCUUCAGCAAGGUGGAGCGGCUGACCCAGCGGAUGGCUGGCAUGGCCUUCCUGGGCAACUUCCAGGACAACCUGCAGAUGCUCACGCCGCAACUCAACGCUAUCAUUGCCGCCUCUGCCUCUGUCAAGUCCUCCCAGAAGCUGAAGCAGAUGUUAGAGAUCAUACUUGCGCUGGGGAACUACAUGAACAGCAGCAAGCGGGGAGCUGUGUAUGGCUUCAAGCUCCAGAGCCUGGAUCUGCUGCUGGACACCAAGUCCACCGACAGGAAGAUGACCCUGCUUCAUUUCAUCGCCCUGACAGUGAAGGAGAAGUACCCAGACCUGGCUAACUUUUGGCAUGAGCUGCACUUUGUAGAGAAAGCCGCUGCAGUGUCCCUGGAGAACGUGCUGCUGGACGUGAAGGAGCUGGGCCGGGGCAUGGAGCUGAUCCGGCGGGAAUGCAGCAUACACGACAACAGUGUCCUGCGCAACUUCCUCAGCACCAACGAAGGCAAACUGGACAAGCUCCAGCGUGACGCCAAGACGGCCGAGGAAGCCUACAAUGCCGUAGUACGCUACUUCGGUGAGAGUCCCAAGACCACACCUCCUUCGGUAUUCUUCCCAGUGUUUGUCCGAUUCAUUCGUUCUUACAAGGAAGCAGAACAAGAGAACGAAGCCCGCAAGAAGCAGGAGGAAGUCAUGCGGGAGAAGCAGCUGGCUCAAGAAGCCAAGAAACUGGAUGCCAAGACCCCAUCCCAGCGGAACAAGUGGCAACAGCAGGAGCUGAUUGCAGAGUUGAGGCGGCGCCAAGCCAAAGAGCACCGGCCUGUUUAUGAGGGGAAGGAUGGUACCAUUGAGGACAUCAUCACAGUGCUGAAGAGUGUCCCUUUCACGGCCCGUACUGCCAAGCGGGGCUCACGCUUCUUCUGUGAUGCAGCCCACCAUGAUGAGUCAAACUGUUAA